AUGCGUCAAACAGGGCUGAUGGUUUCUACAACAACAGACGGCCUGGAUGCUGACCUGUGGAAAGACGGCCUUUUCAAAUCCAAGGUGACCCGCUACCUGUGCUUCACCAGGGUCUUCUCUAAAGAAAAUAGCCAUUUAGGCAAUGUUCUUGUCGACAUGAAGCUGAUUGAUAUAAAGGACACUCUACCUGUGGGUUUCAUUCCCAUCCAGGAGACUGUUGACACACAGGAGCAGGCCUUCAGAAAAAGGCGACUCUGCAUCAAGUUUAUUCCGCGGGACUCCACAGAGGCAGCCAUCUGUGACAUUCGCAUCCUGGGACGCUCCAAGCAGGCUCCCCCCCAGUACACCUUUAUAGGAGAACUCAACAACAUGGGAAUCUGGUAUCGCAUGGGGAACGUACCUCGGGCCCAGGACUCCACACACACGCCGACCACCAACAACAUCCAGAAUGUGAACUCCUCCUCCAGCUCAGCCCCUGUCCCAGCAGCUCCUAUGCCCAAACAUAUUUCUAUGACUCUUCCGGCCAGCUUCAGAGGGAAGAGCACUACCAGGCCAGACUAUGAACACCAGAACUCCAAUCUGUAUGCUAUCUCAGCAAUGGAUGGAGUGCCUUUCAUGAUCUCUGAGAAGUUUGCCUGUGCCUCGUCUGAUCUGCAGCAGGUGGAUCUGAUGGGCAUUACAAUCAAGUCACUGGCUGAGAUUGAGAAAGAGUUAUGAUAACAUGGUACCAACCAAGUAAUGUGAACCUAUCAUGCCAUCACCCAUUGGUUUGUGGAGUCUCAAGGUUGGCAUUAUGGUCGUCACCAUGAGAGUUUGUCUGAGCCAUCAGAGGUGACGCACUGCAAGUUGAGCUGCUCUCAUUGGCUGCACAGUUUCAACUCCUGGUCCCAUACAGCAGUCACCUGGUAACACACGAUCUAGUAUUCCAGAUAAACAGUACACUCAAAUAUGUUUCUGAAACGAUUUUAGGAAAGAAACUGUCGACACAGUAACAGAAUCUUGAUUCAUAUUUGAUCAUCACUGCCUAG